UAUAGGAGAUUUUCUUUCAGUCCAAAAUAAUGUGAGCCUGCGAGGUAACGCCUUACUCAAAACCAAGUAACGAGCGGGCACUCGAAGGCCAAUGAUUUCUGCCGCCAUUCGAUCCACAAGUUCUAAUCCGAAGUAACACGCUCAGACUUUAGACUUACUCAAGUGUGCAGACAUGAGUAAGAAAAAGAAUCCUCUUGUUUUCUUUGAUGUAUCAAUUAAUGGGGAUCCUGUGGAAAAAAUUGUUAUGGAGCUUUUUGCUGAUGUUGUCCCUAAGACGGCAGAGAAUUUUCGGGCACUAUGUACAGGUGAGAAGGGCAUCGGAAAAUCUACUGGCAAGCCUCUGCACUAAAAAGGAUUGAUGUUUCAUCGAAUAAUUAAAGGUUUUAUGGUGCAUGGUGGUGACUUUUCUAGGGGAAAUGGAACUGGAGGAGAAAGUAUUUAUGGAGGGAAGUUUGCAGAUAAGAAUUUUAAACUGGGGCAUAAUGGACAUGGUUUUCUCUCUAUGGCAAAUAGUGAUGUGAAUACAAAUGGGUCUCAGUUCUUUAUAACCUUCAAGCGGCAACCUCAUUUUGUUGGGAAACAUGUUGUUUUCGGAAAGGUUGUGAAGGGAUUGGACAUACUUAAGAAAAUUGAGCAGGUGGGAACAGCUGAUGGUAAACCUGCUCAACUUGUAAAAAUCAUUGACUGUGGUGAAUUUUUUGAAAGUGAAAUUCAGGAUGGCAAAGAGAAAGAUAAAAAGAAAAGAUCAAGGAACAUUUCUCCUUCAGAGAAUAGUUCUGAUGGGGAAGCAGCAGAAAGGCACAAAAAAUUUUUUAAGGAAAGAAGAAAGAAAAGAAGGAGAUACUCUUCAUCUGAUUCCUAUAGCUCAGACUCCAAUUCUGAUUUUUACUCUUCAAGAUCUGAUUCACCAUCAGCUUCAGAAUCAAAUUCCUCACUGUCUGAUUCUAGUUCCUCUAGUGAUGGCAGACAUAGGAAGAGGAAAUUGAGAAAAAGAGAAAUGCGAGAACGUGGGGGAAAAGGGAAGGAUUCAUGGAGGGUGAAAAAGAAAAGUCGGCAUGACCAAAGGUCACAACGCAAAUCUAAAUGGUCUAAUUUAGAUUUAUCUCAAGAGUUUAGACAGUUAGUGAUUCUGAGAGUGAGAGUGCCAGCAGUAGCAGCAGCUCCGGUGAUGAAAGAGCUGGUUGUCGUGGGUCAGCUCGCAAAAAGGGUAACUUCAUGCCCGCUGAAUUGGCACAAAAUCCUGGCAUAUGAUUCUGUUUUUAUACUUGCAUUAUCAUCCUCUGUUGUCAAUCUAUGUGAGAAGAAAUCCCUGACCACUCCCUCAGGAAAAGGGGCUGUCAUAGAACAGCAAAGGGAUCAUGAAUGGAAGACAACUGUAGACAACUUGUCACACGGAGAAGGUGAAUUAUCUCUAAAGACUGAUAAGCUUCAAAAUAGUGGGCAUUGCACUGAACCAAAGUUGGAUAAAACUGUUGAUCUCAAUUCUGAUGAGUACCUGACCUUGCACUCCUAUAUUCCGCAGAUUAAAGAUUCUAGAAAAGUUGCCUUCCAGAGUGUGAAUCCAAGCCCCAAAACAAGGUUAAACAACAGAUCUGGGAGUAACCCCAGCUUGAGUCCUAAAAGGAUGGUCAGGAAUGAUGGAAGGAGCCCUUCCACGAAGACAGGUAAUCAGAGUCCUGGCCAUAAAGCCCCUGACCCUUCUGCUUUUUACCAUGGCUGUGAUGUGUCACAAAGCUUUGCUCCAGAUGGUGCUCCAAAGCGUGUUAGAAAAGGUCGUGGCUUUAUUGAACGCUACUCUUUUGCACGUCAGUACCGUACACAGUGUUCACCCCCUAGAUCCUUUCAAUAUGGCAGAAGAAACAUUGAAAGGAAUCGAAAUUGGUAUUCAAGUCACAGAAGUCACCUUGAACACUCUCCACGUAGACAUUACAGAAGCCCACAAAGAGGCCGGAGUCCCCCCAGAUACAACUGCAGGAGCCGAAGUUGGAGCAUCUCUUGUAGUCCCUAUUGUCAUUACUGGGACCGCAGCCAGAGCCAGAGUCCAAUAUGUAGUCCUAGUCCAAGAGAUAAGCUGCCCUCUAUUAGUGAGGGUUUAAAAUCUUGUGUAGGUCCCAAAAUUGAUGAAGGGCACUCUCCAAUUAAACGAAGAUUUAGGCCCAGGUCUAGGUCCUUGUCUAGGGGCUCUUCUUCUCAUUCCAAAUCUCCUGAGGCUUCACCAGCAAAGAAUCGAAACAGAAUAUCUUCUGCGUCUCCUAGCAAAUCUGUGUCAAGCUCACUAUCUGGACAGAUAGGGUUGGUUUCCUAAGCAGAUUAGAUCUGUUUCCAGAAUAGGUAAUUGAAUGGUUAUCAUUUUGGGGACUUCAUUUUCUGUAAAAACGUAUCUAAAACCUAUCUGUGCAUGAAUUUGAAUGUCAUAUAUAGGCAUGACUAGAGGUCUUUCCACAUUAGAGAUUAAAAUUAUGCUUUGCAUUGUAAUGUAAGGUGAAUUCAUCAAUUUCGGAGCGAGUUAGUUGAGAACUUGGCUGAUAAUGGAAACAGUCAAAAUUUGGAUAUCAA